CAAAACCAAAGCACUCGUACGUACAGCUUAGCUCCAAUGGCCUUACUUUGGCACCCAGAGAUACUUGUCUCGUUUCUCUGCUUCCUUUUCCUUUCGCUUUUACGUUGGAGAUGGAACAAACACUCUCCCAUCAUAAACUGGCCUGUCGCCGGAAUGCUUCCGGGGCUUCUUCUAAAUGCAUGGCAUUUACACGACUACCUAACUCGGCUUCUUCAACAUUUUGGUGGCACGUUCGAGUUUAAGGGCCCUUGGUUUAGUAGCAUGAACUUUGUGCUCACUAGUGAUCCCAACAACAUCCACCACAUUCUGAACAGAAAUUUUUCAAACUACGAGAAAGGACCCAAGUUCCGUGAGAUUUUUGAACCUUUAGGAAACGGAAUUUUCGGUUCCGAUUCUGACUCGUGGAAGUCCCAGAGGAAGCUGGCUCAUUCGUUGAUGAAAAAUAGCAAGUUUAAUAUGUUCUUAGAGAAAGUUGUGCGGGAAGAGGUGGAAAUGGCCCUCAUUCCUGUUCUUGAUCAAGUCUCAAGUCUAGGAAUCGAGGUGGAUUUACAAGACGUUUUCCAGCGAUUAACCUUCGAUAAUAUUUGCAACACAGUUUUAGGCUUUCAUCCAAAUUUCCUCUCGGUUGAAUUUCCUGAACAUGCACAUGCAAGAGCGUUUGAUCAGAUGGAGCAAGGAAUCUUGUACAGACACGUUGUGCCAGAAAGUUACUGGAAGUUGCAGAGAUGGCUUCAAAUGGGAGAAGAGAAGAAGCUGAGCAAUGCCUGGAGAACUUUUGAUCAAUUCCUAUACCAUUCUAUCUCAUCCAAGCGAGAAGAACUAAGGCAAUGCAAAACCCAGAAGACAGAUCAAGAAGCCAAAUUCGACAUGUUGACAGCUUAUAUGGCUCAUGAAGAAGAAGGAACAUUGAAACUGGACGGUUUCCCAAACUCCAAUGAGUUUUUAAGGGACACCGUAUUCAAUCUCGUGGUAGCAGGGAGAGACACCGUAAGUGCGGGGCUAACUUGGUUUUUGUGGCUUAUUGCAACACACCCAGCAGUGGAAGCUAAGAUUCUAGAGGAGAUCAGAGACAAUUUGGCUGCGAAUUCUAAUGAAAACCAGAGGAUCUUUUGUAUAGACGAGCUGAGCAAGCUAGUUUAUCUCCAUGGAGCGAUGUGCGAGUCCUUGCGGCUAUUCCCGCCCAUACCUUUCGAGCAUCUGCACUCGGUUCAUUCUGACAUUCUCCCUAGCGGCUUGUAUAUUGGUCCAAGUACAAGAUUGCUAUAUUCUCUCUACUCAAUGGGAAGGAUGGAAAGCAUAUGGGGUGAGGAUUGCUUAGAAUUCAAGCCAGAGAGAUGGAUUUCGGAGCAAGGAAGAAUAGUGCAUGUACCAUCUUACAAGUUCGCAGUAUUCAAUGCUGGACCCAGGACGUGUCUAGGCAAGGAAAUGUCUUUAAUUCAGAUGAAGAUGGUUGCGAGUGCUAUCAUUUGGAAUUAUCACGUUCGAGUGGUUCAAGGUCAUCCUAUUACUCCCAGCAUCUCUGUCGUACUUCAUAUGAAGUAUGGUUUGAAGGUUAAAAUCAGCAAGAGAUCAUCCAUUAUUUGAUGAAGAAAUUAUAUCUCUAGGGUCUGUAAUUUGCUUUACAGAUGAGAUCCACAUUUACUAUAUAUAUAUAAAUGUCGUGUGCAAUAAAUUCUCACAAUAACAGAAAGAUCUUAUUCGGUAUUUUGAAUAAAUGAAAUUAUA